AUGGGAAAGAAGAAUCUCAACCAGCAUCAGACUCAAGCGAAGGACAAGCAUCCAACGCCUGCUCAGGUAUCUCCAAAGAUACCUUACGAUCAGCCAUUGUCAUCUGGACCUUAUGAACUUCCAAUUGUCACAGUCAGCAUCGGGAGUCAGAAGUACGGUCUCCCCAGUUAUUUUCUUCGGCAACACCCGCAUUUUGACGACCAACUUUUUGGGACCACAACCAUCGACCUUACCGAUAUUCAUGAGGAUGCCGGUCAUACCUUGGUGCACUUCUUGUACUCAGGAAGCUACGAGACGAUAAAUUCCCCACUCGAGGAAGGCGAGCCUGGAAUUACUAGAGAAUAUCGAAGAGCCGUCCUUGCCUAUCAGGCAUCCAGGGCGUACAAGCUUCCGGCUCUCGAAGCCCUUGCCAAACGGUACAUGGAACUUUUCAGCGAAGCAAUGGCUACGCCUGAGAUUCUUCAAAUAACAAGGGAGGUCUUUUCAAAGCUCCCUGAAGAUGAAACUUGGUUUUCGAACCAUAUUAGAUCAAGUCUCGAGCAAUGGUUGGCCCCCCGAGAAUCAACAUCAAAUUUCGAUUCACUCUAUAAAGUUCUGGGUCAAGAUCACUCCUUUGACAAUGUCGUGACGAAGAUGAUGCUUGAAAUACUAUCCAGCCGCUUAUGUUUUCGGGAAACUAUCGAGGACCAGAACAACCGCCACAGGCAGAAUAGUUCGGCGAAAGAACUGUUGGUGACGGUGGAAAGGAAUAAAGAAUCACAGACAGAAGAUUUGCCUGCUGGACACCAACCUGUGCCCAAUGAGGUUCCAGUCGAGGCUUAUCCCGAAGAUGCUGUCACUCCUGCUGAGGAAUAUCCGGAGCCCGAGGAGGUUCCAGUCGAAGGUUAUCCCGAAGAUGCUGCCGCUCCUGCUGAGGAAUAUCCGGAGCCCGAGGAGAUUCCAAUCGAAGCGGACCCCGAGGAUGCAGUUGCUGAAGAAAUUCCUGCCCUCGAGAAGCACGCCACUAAGCUCCACCUAACCCCACAUUUGUUAGAGAACCUUUAUUUGUACGAAGAUUGGGAGAUUCUCUCCCCGAAAAGAGGAGGUCGAGGACCAGAACUCUUAGGGCAAGGGGUUUUCCCAUUCCAGACAAAGACGGCGUAA